GUUAAAAUUAAUAUAAAUUUAGAGUAUCUACACAAUUAAGAAAUUUCUCCUUUUUCUUCCCUUCAAAAGCAAAAAAAAAAAAAAAAGUAACAAGUAUUACCUAACCAAACUAUGAAAUCUUUUACCUUAAUCAUCACAUUUUCCAUCAUUAUUGUCUCCUUACAUGCAACACCAACAAUUAUCACUCGACUUCAACAUCAUAUGUAUCAAUCUUCUGGGUUUAACCUUACCCAACAAAUUAAUAGGACUAAAUUGGAGAGAACCUGCACUUACAUGAUCUCAAUAAAGACAAGUUGUAAAUCUCCAGCAAUCUCACAAGAUACCGUCAUAAUUUUAUUUGGAGAUGCUGUUGGCAAUGAGCUCACAAUGUUAAACGUAGAUAGUCAAGAUUUUCAUAAGUUUGAGCGGUGCAAGACGCUUAAUUUUGAGGUAUUAGGAGAUUGUAUUGGUAAAAUUUGCAAAUUGUAUGUAGCUAGGGCUGGAUCAGAUGGUUGGAUCCCGGAGACUAUCACCGCAUAUUACUUUGACUACCCUCCUAUAGGAUUCAACUACAAUUAUCUCAUUCCUGAUGAUGAACUAUAUGGCUUUGAUUAUUGCCAACAUCAAACUUAAUGUAACAUCCUUAAAUACUUAUGUUUCAUUUGUUGAACAAAGAAUAUACUUACUGCAUUUGUUAAAGAUGAAUGACCAAGUUACACUAGAUUCUUACACUACUAUUAGACACGAAAUUUAAUAGGCUAGAAAUAUAAUAUUUUUGAUGUAACAAAUUCUAGUUUAUCUUCUUGCCUCGUGUUACACUCAAACUUCAUCAAAAAAUGCUGUAAAUUAUAGAUGUUUAACCAAAAAAAGGUUCGGAUAUGAAUUGGUCACUCAGCUAAUAUGAAAGUAUUUAUGUAUUAAUUGAAUAAUAAUUUACCAACAUAGAGUCGACUGAUGCAAAAUAAACUCAUGACCAAAAAUGGCUAUAUAUCAAAUCUAGAUGGACUUGAAGAUCAUUAUCGACUUGAAAUGCAGUCUUACAAAAUAAUUUUGAGUAAGAGUUCAAGAGAUAAUAAUAUAAAGUUCACCAAGUAAAAAAUUCCAUACAACCAUGUUGCUAGAUAUUUGAGAUGAAGUGGGAGAGAGCUAUAGAGAGAAAAAGAGAAUACAAUUUGCUAGCGAACAAAGAGCCGAAAAAUUACAAUUAAUUUUUUUUCUUUUUUCCCACGGUUUUUUUAAUAAGUAAAGAGAUAUAUUGAACGAAGACGAAGCAUAAGGGGUGCUUCUCCC